UCGCACUCCUUCUCUCCAAGUUAUCGCCUGGCUCGCACGAUACCCUUUGUUUUUAUUUCCCCUUGGUAACGCACUCUCUGUAACUGCCAGUCCUAAUUCGUCAAUCCGCUCGUCUCGUGAGCCCGCGGACUUGUCUCCUUGCUGUCAAUCAGCCCCACCACCAACGACAUCUCGCAAAUCUGACUCGUGAUAGUCACGUCCACUCCCUCGGCAGCGUGCGUUUUCUCUUCACUCCAGACACACAACCACCUCAGCUGCGUGUUUCCAAGUAGAGAUCCACAAGCCUCGCAGUCAUGGAGGCUAUAUCAAAGUGCAUGGGUAAUCCCUCUGACAGUCAGAGCGCCCAGCCAACCGCCGCCACACUCGUUGCGACGACCGUGGUAGCCACCGUCGCCUUUCUGGCCCUGAGCCGGAUCGCCCUGUGGCCUCAACGCCAACGCAUAAUCCGGGGCCCGGUCACCACGAGUCUGCCUAGGAUACCCAAGGCGGAGAGGGACAAGAUUGUGUACACGCAUGAUCACUUCCCCGGCGGUCGCGAUGUUGAAACUCCCUAUGGUAGCAUCCAUGUCUACGAGUUCGGCCCCGAGGACGGCCGCAAGGUUCUUUUCGUCCACGGCAUCAGCACCUCGUGCAUGACCCUUGAGGACAUUGUCCGUCCUCUCGCCGAGCGAGGCUGCCGUGUUAUGCUUUUUGAUCUCUUUGGCCGCGGAUACUCGGACGCUCCCGGAGACGUCGAGUACGACUCACGGCUCUACACCACACAGAUCCUCUUGGUCCUCGCCUCCUCGCCCCUGGCCUGGACUGGCAACAACGCCUUCAGCAUCGUCGGCUACUCCCUCGGCGGCGGCAUCGCGGCCAACUUUGCCGCUGCGUUCCCGCACAUGGUCGACACGCUCAUCCUGCUCGCGCCUGCGGGCAUCAUCCGCCCAGAGAACUUUGGCCGCAUGACCCGGCUCAUUUUCACCUCGGGCAUCAUUCCCGAGCGGCUGCUCGCGUACCUGACGAAGCGGCGGCUGGGCAAGCCCAUUGCCAACUCGGUGGCGAAGCGCAAGCCGGCCGCCAUUGCCAGCAACGGCAACGCUAACGGCAACGGUACAGCCUCCGGGCCACCGCAGGCCACCUCGUCGUCAUCGGCGACGGGCAGGGAGACGUUCGAGGACGCCGCGCUGCAGGAGGUUGUGGACCCGCUGGACCGGCCGGACGCCGAGCCCACGGCGACCGAGAAGCGCGUGGGCGAGUUCGUCAACUGGACCAUCCACCACCACGACGGGUUCGUCCCGGCCUUCAUGUCGACGGUGCGCUUCGCGCCCAUGCUCGACCAGCACGAGCACUGGCGCAAGCUCGCGCGCCGGGCCCCUGGCACCACGGCCGUGCUGCUCGGCAGGCACGACACCCUGGUGAACAAGGAGGAUUAUGCCGAAGAUGCGCUUCCGCUGCUGGGCGGGGAAGGGAACGUGUUCUGGCGCGUCGUGCCCGGCGGACACAACUUCCCGUUCACGCACCCGAAUAAGGUGGUCGAGCAGAUCUACGAGUUUUGGGGCUGGGCGCAGGAUUCGUGAAAAGGGGAAGGAUGGCCAAAAAUAUCAGAGAGGAAAAGAUCUGAGCGAGGUCUGGCCAUCUUUGGGGGGCCACCUAUUGACACGUUUGUUCUCCCCCCUCUGCAUUAGACUUGGUUUUCCGCGUUCAGCCAUGUUUCUAGAAUCGUCGUU